UUGUGCAAGUGGAAAUGUUUAAAAUGUUCAGUAUUUUUUCAGAAACAUUUCCACGUCUCUUUUGCGUUCAGGUUUCUGGAGUUAAUGUGUUUUAAACACAAUGAUUAUAAUGCAGUGCUGAUUAGUUUCUAAGAUUUUUGCAUUGCAUGAACUUAAGGUGAUGCACACUUAGAUGUCACUGUUUAAUACAUUAUUAUUUAUUUUGUAUUAAUAAACAGCAUGGUUAUUUCAUUUGAAAGGCUACAUAAAUGUUUAUUUACAUAUUUAUAUUAAAUACAAAUACUGUUUACUGCACCCCCCACCCCGAAAUUAGCCACAGCCCCUGCAGCUAAAUUCCUCUGGAGCCGGCUCUGGUUCGGUGGAUGCAGAGUAGACUUGAACCAGAGGAUCUGAGUGGUCUGGAAGAAGUCCACACAAGGACAGGCCUACAUUCCCCACAAUUCCAAGUGGCACAAUCCCGUUUUUGCAGAAGUGGAGCGACAGCAGCGACAGAGAAGAUGAAGGGUUCUGCUUGCCGGAAGUGAGUGGGUUAGUGGUGAGGGGGUUCGUUCUUACUGGGAGAAAUGUCUCUGUCGCUCACACCGAGCUCAGACUCAACCAGCCGAAGGAGAAGGACGGUAGAGGCGCAGGUGUUUCCUGGUGUCACAGAUUCUUCAUGUGUUCUCGAUCCUCAUGCAAGUUAUAAUCAUGGAGACCGCCAUGACCAACAGCAGGACACCCAACAACCUGAUGCAACACACACACGCACUCCGUCUCCACAUCACUCCUCAUGUCCUUCAGCAAAGUGCGUGUCUCCACAAGCAUGUGAGAGCCGACCUGUCUGUGAAGACAGCUGGGAAGAGAUACAAAGCAAGAGAACCAUCAGAGCAGAGAAUGAGGUGGAGGCGAAUAAACUGGUCAACAACUACAGGUUUGGUUUCAGAAAGUGGAAGAGCCACGUUACGGCGCGACCGUUUGAAGACCGAUCAGAUGUUGUGAAAGAGCUUUAUUCUGAACUGAACGUCAUCAAACCACACUCAGGUCCAGGUCAGUUCAUCACAUGUGGAAAUGUAGCAUAUGUGCUCCUCUUUGGUUGGUGGGUGUCUCUGGUGUAUUUUUUGGUCGGCAUUCUGAUGUUCAUCACUAUCAUCGGCGUACCGCAUGGAAAGCUUUGCUGGAAGUUGUGCUGCUACUUCCUCUGGCCUUUUGGAAACACCAUCCAUGAGAUAGGAAACACUUUGAGGAGAUGUUGUGAGGAGGCGCCAGACUGUGAGUGCAGCGUGGAGACAAUGGAGGACAGCUCACCAGUUCUGCUGCCUUCAGCCACAGAGGGACCAGCUCCAGAGAUGCCAGAACGAGCUCCUCGCACUCCUUAUUGGCAUCGUCUCUCCACUUACGUCUGGUUGCUGCUGGGUUAUCCUCCCCUGGCUGUCGUUCACUCUCUGGUCUGCUUCAUCUCCUGGAUCCUGGUCUUCACCAUCCCGGUCUCCAAGAUGAGCGCCCAGACUUUGAGCGUCAUUCUGCUCCUGCCUCCUGAGGACAUCUUACUCUCCACCAGCUCUCAUGGGAAGCAUCAAAGCUAUGAGACCAGAGCUCUGCUGUGCUGCUACCACGCUGCUAACUGGUACUACUACAAGUACACUGUUGAUGGGAUCAAUGUGUUUGCUGUCAACCUCCUCCCUCUAGUCAUAGUUGCCCUGGUAAUCGGAUAUGUUGACAGAGAAAACCAGUAUGUCAGUUCAGAAGUCAAAUUUGCCACAGCGAUCAGCUCCAUCAUACCUCUGUCUUAUUACAUCGGCAUGGGCAUUGCAAGUAUCGCUGCCCAGAGUAACUUUGCUGUGGGCGCAGUGGUCAACGCUACCUUCGGCUCCAUCACAGAGCUGACCUUUUACAUCACAGCCCUGCUCAGAGGCCACUGGGCAGCCAAUCCUUGUCUGCAGGAGGUUGUAAAGGCAGCACUGACUGGAACGCUGCUCGGAUGCAUCCUCUUCAUCCCUGGCAUCAGUAUGAUAAUAGGAGGCCUGAAACACAGCGAGCAAAGAUUCAACAGUCGAUCUGCAGGAGUGAGCUCUGCGUUGCUUUUCAUUUCGGUGGGAGGUGUUUUUGCACCCACGCUGUUCUCCAAGGCUUAUGGAAACCUGGUGUGCGACGCCUGCACCAACACCACUGGAGGAAACAGCACAAGCAACGGAAGCGGCCUGUUUGUGUGCCACAACUGCCACUACGAUCUGAAAAAUGGUACGCUGUUCCGUGACCACAUCCAGCCUCUGGUGUACACGGUGUCCGCCCUCCUGCCUGCUGCCUACAUCAUUGGACUGAUAUUUACUCUGAAGACGCACUCGCACAUUUAUAACAUCCACGUUGGAGAAGAACAGGAGACCAGACACCAUGGGACGGUUGUCCACUGGUCACGGUGGAGAUCUCUGCUCAUCCUCAUCGUGGCCACCGUGCUCAUGUCUGCCUGCGCAGACCUCACCACUGAGCAUAUCCAGCCGAUUCUCAACCAGCCCAACAUCUCCCAGUACUUCAUUGGGGUGACAGUUCUCGCUAUGGUCCCUGAGAUCCCAGAGAUUGUUAACGGGAUCCAGUUUGCACUUCAGAACAAUAUCAGUUUAAGCUUGGAGGUUGGAAGCUGCAUUGCUGUGCAAGUCUGCAUGCUGCAGAUUCCAAUACUGGUCUUUUUUAAUGCUUUCUGUGAUGUGGGGUUUGUGCUGCUCUUCAGUGACCAGCACAUGUGGGCCAGCAUUUUCAGCGUCAUUCUGGUCAACUACAUCUUCAUGGAUGGCAAGUCAGAUUAUUUCCAGGGUACAGCUCUGGUGGUGGUCUACCUCAUCCUCCUGGCUUCGUAUUACUUCGCUCCGUCUCCCACCGGCUGCUGACAACAAAACUGAGUUUCAGCUCUAGUUGCACUUUUUUAAGCUUGAAGGACUCAACAUGAACAAAAAUCAGUUUCACCAAAUCCUCCUCGGUUCGUUUGAACAUUGAUGGGCGUAAUCCUGAAGGAAAUCUCUGAAGAAUUUUUUUCAUGUUAACAGAAAAUCUAACUCAGGUAGUUGCUUUAAUCUGCUCUCUGUCUAAUUACUGCUGGAAGAUGUGUAAUAUACAGGGUAACAUAUUUAACAGAACUCCUUUAAACUUAUGAAGUAUUGUCUCUUUAUUAUGCAAAGCACUGAAAAUCUGAAUUUUCUUUUUAACUUACAAAUGUAUAAGUUGAGAUUGUUAGUUUGUACAGGUGCAUCUGAAUAAAUUAGAAUAUCGAAAAGUUAAUUUAAGUAGUAAAUUCCAAAAAAAAGGAAAACCUUACAUAUAUAUUAAUUACACAGAGCAGUUUAUUUCUGGUUAUUUUGGUGAUUUUCCUGAAAAUGUGCAUAUUGUAAAAAAGGUUUUCAACAACUGUAAGAAACAAUCAUUAAAUUUAACAGAAACAUCUUGAA